AUGGGGAAGUCUAAGAAAAGGCGUCAUUCUUCAAGCAGCUCUGAUAGCUAUGAAUGGGAAGUGAAAAGAUCUUGCAAUGAUACAAAAGAUAACUCAGAAUCUCAAUCAUCAAUUCAUCAAACAAGAGCCCAAGACGAUCUAUUUGCCGCAAUGUUAAAUCGUGUUGCAUCUUCUAAGAGUGUUCCUAAGGAGACAUUGGGAGGUAGAAGCUCGGGCUUGGGUUGGAAAAAAAAUGAAUCGAAAGAUCCCCUGAAAGAUCCGGAAAUUCUAAAGCGGUUUAUUAAUGGUCCUCCUAAAUGCACUGAAAUUCAACCUUCAUGUGUGGAACGUGAACACACAUUGGGAGAUAUUAGAGAAACGAAAGUGGUGAGCUCUAAUAAUAGUGUCACAGAGGUGGAGGAAAGAUAUGUGACAAACGAUGACAUAAAUUCGAUGUGUGCUCAAAUUAUGAAGGCCGAGUUGAUCGGAAAUAACGUAAAGAUCGCGAAAUUGAAAUCAAAAUUGGAUAAACUUCGUGAGGCUCAGAGACGUAAUAUAAAAGUGCGCCUUACUAAAACUGUCUUGGCUUCAUCUGCAAGGUCUGGGUCUGCACGAAAUGUAGUACAUCUCACCACAACUGAUUCCUUGGGUCAUGAAGUCCCACUACAACUCAAACAGUAUCAAAGCAGCUCACUUGACUAUCAUGAUGAGCAAGGCCGUCGAACCAAGUACUAUCCUGAUGAUGAUGAAGGUGGUACGAUUGGCGACUUAGUUCUGCGAGAAAAACUUGAAAGUGGCAAAUCGUACGACAAACAAUUUGCAUCAAUGGCUGGAAGAUGUAAGGGUAUUGUCGAUGAUGAAUAUGAUGAUACUUUCGUCAGUAAACGAGUUAAAAGUCAGAAUUCUACAGGACUGAAUACGAAAUCCGAUGCCAUAGCUGCUUAUAAACGUAGGGAGUAUGCUGAAUCAAGUUGCUCCUCUUGUAUACAUCAAAUUUCGCGUUAUUUGAUAAUGAGCGUCGGACAGCGUAUGUUCUUGUCGUUGCCUGAAACUGCGAGUCUGACUCGAGGUCACUGUAUUCUCUCUCCAUUGGACCAUGUCGGAGCAAUGACUCGUGUUGAUGAAAACGCAUUUGACGAAACCGUCUCCUUCAAGAGAGAUCUCUCUCGAAUGGCGGAGUUAUGGAAAGGUAAGGGAGCCUCUUGUGUCUUUAUGGAAGUUGGUGGCUACCCGAAUCACUACAAACAUCAUUGUCAAAUUGAGUGCUUCCCUGUGGAUAAAGAAACGAUGGAGGAACUGCCUUCCUACUUUAAAAAGGCUCUGCUUGAUUUGGGCUCCGAGUGGGAUCAAAACAAGCGUAUAGUGAAUUUGAAGAAGCCUGGUUUAGGUGCCUACAGUGCCAUUCCUCCCAAUUUUGGAUACUUUGCCGUGGAAUUUGGUGUUAACGGUGGAGGAUAUGCGAAAAUAAUCGAGGAUUGGUCCAGCUUUCCUCUUUACUUUGGCCGAGAAAUCCUUGCAGGAAUACUAAGCAAAUCACCAGAUAGAUGGCGAAGACCUAAAAAGGACUCCCUUGAAGAACUUCGUAAGAAAGCCGUCGAAUUUGAAGAAAAGUGGUCAGCUUUGGAGAAGGAUUCUCGUGAGCACGACGUCAGAACUCGUCAGAGCGAAGCUUCAGAAGCUAUUACAGAAGGACCUGCAUUACCCCCUUCUAUGAAUUGA